GGGGCUGGUGGAAAAUCUAGGUCAGCCGAAGUGUAAACAGCCUAGCUGGUCUGGAGGCUCCCUCUGCCUGUUUGUCCUCCCAGGCAGUUGCUCCUUGAUCGCACCCAUCCACAGCGGGGAUGUGUUCGAUCCUUGAACUCUAAGCGCCACAUAAUCAGAACUUGGGAGUGCUUUCCUGAGCUUAUCUCCGUGAUAAAUCCCCUCUCCAGUAUAAAUAGCAGCAUUGGGGACGCACAAGCCACACUCAGGAGGAGGAGCAGCAGCAGCAGGAGGCAGCGAAACUGGUUGAGAGACGCAGCCGAAGAUGAGAUCCGCUGUGAUCCUCGCCCUGGUGUUCCUCACAGGGACUCAGGCUCGCUACUUCUGGCAGCAUGACGACCCGCAGACACCCCUGGAUCAGUUCAGGGACAUGGUCCAGGUCUACCUGGAGACCGUCAAGGCCAGUGGCAAGGAAGCCAUUGCCCAGUUUGAGGCCUCUGCAGUUGGCAAACAGCUUGACCUGAAGCUGGCUGACAACCUGGACUCCCUGACAGUGGCGGCGCAGAAACUGCAGGAGGACCUGGCUCCCGUCUAUAAGGAGACCUUGGGGCUGUGGAUGAAGGACACCGAGGCCCUGAAGCAGGAGCUGACCAAGGAGAUGGAGGCGGUGAAACAGAAGAUCCAGCCCUUCCUGGAGCAAUUCUACAAGAAGUGGACAGAGGAGCUGGAGAGCUAUCGCACGAAGCUGGCGCCCAUCGGUGAGGAGCUGAAGGAGAUAACCAAGAAGAAUGUGGAGGUCCUGCAGCAGAAGCUGACCCCCGUGGCUGAGGAGGCCCGGGACCGGCUGCGUGGGCAUGUGGACGAGCUGCGCAAGAACCUGACCCCCUACAGUGACGAGCUGCGCCAGAAGCUGACCCAGAAGCUGCAGGAGAUUCGGGAGAAGGGCAUCCCCCAGGCUGCCGAGUACCAGGCCAAGGUGAUCCAGCACCUCACCGCCUUCCGAGAGAAGGUCACGCCCCUCGUGCAGGAUUUCAAGGAGCGCCUGACCCCCUAUGCCGAGAACCUCAAGACCCGCUUCCUGAACCUGCUGGACACCCUCCGAAAGAAUGUGGCCAAGGCCAAGUAGUGGCCCCAGGCCAGGGACUGACACCCCCUCCCCUAGCCACAAUGAGCCCCCAAUUGAUCAGCCACU